AUGUUUUUUUUUAAAUUUUAAAACGCAUUUGUUCAAAUAUAAUGAUCAUUCCGUGUAGUAAAAUAUAUCAGUUGAUGGUCACAUCUGGCCCAUGAUUGAUUCAAGUCCUAAAUUUUCCCAUAAGCCACCGGUGACCUUAUAGUGGCUCGCGCGCUGUCAACUAUAUUCGUAGCACGAGCCGCGCAGGGGAGAUAAUUGAAUCAUACUACACACUGUAACAGUUGGAGGGAAUACUGGUGAGUGGUGGAUGUUAACGGCUGUUUGACUCAACACGUGCAUCGUCCAGCAGGUGUACCAUCGUUAGCAGACGACUCCAACAGACGACUACAGGAACUUGGCACUACAACAGCACCCAGAUUUGUUUCAAGACAACUUUUGCACCUGAUACAUCCUAAAGACAACUUUUGCACCUGAUACAUCCUAGACAACUUUUGCACCUGAUACAUCCUAAAGACAACUUUUGCACCUGAUACAUCCUAAAGACAACUUUUGCACCUGAUACAUCCUAAAGACAACUUUUGCACCAGAUACAUCCUAAAGAAAACUUUUGCACCUGAUACAUCCUAAAGACAACUUUUGCACCUGAUACAUCCUAGACAACUUUUGCACCUGAUACAUCCUAAAGACAACUUUUGCACCUGAUACAUCCUAAAGACAACUUUUGCACCUGAUACAUCCUAAAGACAACUUUUGCACCAGAUACAUCCUAAAGAAAACUUUUGCACCUGAUACAUCCUAAAGACAACUUUUGCACCUGAUACAUCCUAAAGAAAACUUUUGCACCUGAUACAUCCUAGACAACUUUUGCACCUGAAUCAUCCUAAAGACAACUUUUUCACCUGAUACAACCUAAAGACAACUUUUGCACCUGAUACAUCCUAAAGACAACUUUUGCACCUGAUACAUCCUAACGACAACUUUUGCACCUGAUACAUCCUAAAGACAACUUUUGCACCUGAAUCAUCCUAAAGACAACUUUUGCACCUGAUACAUCCUAAAGACAACUUUUGCACCUGAAUCAUCCUAAAGACAACUUUUGCACCUGAUACAUCCUAAAGACAACUUUUGCACCUGAAUCAUCCUAAAGACAGCUUUUACACCUGAAUCAUCCUAAAGACAACUUUUCAGCCAUUUGAACAGAUUUCCGCGACAUUAAAACGGGCCAUGGGAAAGUUCAAAUGUGACACUUGUUCAACUUUUAAUCUACUUACCAAAUAACAAGACAAAAAAUUCUGAUCUCGUUUGAUUCAAGAAGCAGACGUGAACUGAGAACUGAAACUCCCCAAAUUAACCGAGUGUCCACUUCUCGUGUGGACUUAUUCAAGCGUCAAGUGCCCUAUGUUUUUUAUUUCUACUGUUUCUGUGUGUACCGGUGGUAGGGAGUAAGUUUUGAAUGUAAAUACAGUAAGUUACAAUCAAAUUAUUGACAGUUGGAGAAGUUACAUUUCUCGUUCUCCAUUUGUUGCUUCGUCUCUUUCUGUGGAUACUCUAAAAGAACUGGAUUAAAAUGGAACACGUGCUAAAGAUUGCAAUGAUUGGUUGGUUCAUUCUGUCUUACAUCUCAAGUCACGUGAUCGUGUCUGCUGCCAUAAUGGACGCUAUAGCCAAAUGUUCCCCAAAAUACAUCCAUAUUUCUUAUGGACAGACAACGAGCGAGAUGAUCAUCAUGUGGUCAUCUGUUGGUCAGUGCUCCACUGCGGUCAAGUACGGGGAGUCGCCGAACAGUCUGACUCAGAUGGCCACUGGGGAGAGCAGAAUCUUUGACCAGAACAACGACACCAAGGUCAUCCACAGGGUGCAUUUAAGGUACCUGUCACCAGGAAAAACCUACUUUUACAAGCCAUCAAGUAACAAUAUUGAACCAACUGGUAUUUUAUUCUUUGAGACCCCAUCAAACAAACCAACUGACGAAAUGAAGUUUAUUGUAAUUAGUGAUGUAAACGCCUCAUCUGAAGCCAUACCUAUUCUGUCACAUGAGUCCGAAGCUGGGAAGUUUGCCGCUAUUCUUCACACCGGAAACAUCGCAAUGAACUUGAGCACAGACUCCGGCAAGCACGGAGACAACUUCAUGCAGAUCAUGGAGCCAGCCAUUAGUAAAGUCCCCUACAUGGUCUCGCCAGGACCAGAUGAAGUGGAGGACGACAACUUCUCGCAGUACACCCACAGGUUCUCACUGCCAGAGACGGAGUGGCCGACGCCCAUUGACAAGAUGUGGUACAGCAUCGACAUCGGCCUCGUCCAUCUGAUCAGCUACUCUACUGAAGUUUACUUCACCAAAGAUGCGCGGUACGCACCCAUGCAGAAACAGUGGUUAAUGAAAGAUUUAACUGCCGCCAACCAGAACAGGAGUAAAGUCCCUUGGAUUGUAGCCUUUGGUCACCGCCCAUUUUACUGCACUUACGAGGAUCCUAGUCUUGACUGCAAUAAAAAAAGUUCUGAAUUCAAAAAGGGACUAGAAGAUAUAUUUUAUCACUAUGGAGUUGAUAUCAUCAUCCAGUCAUAUGGCCGCUCAUAUGAACGAACCUAUCCCAUGUUCAAGGGAGUUCAGGUCUCUGAAAACUACACAAACCCUCUAGGGCCAGUCCAUAUUAUCAAUGGGGGUGCCAGCCCUUAUGAAGUGAAAUAUAAUUUUACUGAACCAUCACCUGUCUGGUCAGCCUUCCGUCAAGAAAACGACACUUCCCUGAGUUUUGGGCGGCUGACAGUUCUUAAUGCCAGCAUUGUGGAUUACGAACAGAUCAGCAUGAAGGAUGGAUCAGUCAUUGAUUCCUUUAGAAUCAGCCAGGAGAAGCACGGCCAGUUUAAAACAGAAACUUUGUCUCCCAACAUCUCGGCAGAGAUUGACAAAAACAUAGCAGCUAGCGGUGGCCAACCAGGAAACCUGAACGUGGAAGACAACCCCGGCCACAAGUCUAAAAUAGCUGAGCUGCUAGAGGGAGACAACAGGAACAGGAUCAUCAUCGGCGCCAGCUGUGCUUUUGUUGGCCUGAUCCUGCUCAUUGUCUUCAUCUCUGUCAGGAAGUGCAAGCGGAGGAGCAAGGUGACCCGCAGGUGGGAGCAGAUGGACAUCAACUACGGCAAGAAGUUCUACAACAAGGCGCCAGACAAGGAGGAGGACAACGACUUUGAGAUAGACAUGAGUGAUGGCACUGAGCCAACCAGGAAGCUGCUCAAUGCUGAUGACUGAUGGGUCAUGUCUGUCAAUGUGAGAACAUGACUGAUGGGGCUCAUCUGUCACUGUGAGAACAUGACUGAUGCGGCUCAUCUGUCACUGUGAGAACAUGACUGAUGGGGCAUGUCUGUCACAGUGUGAAAACAUGACUGAUGGGGCUCAUCUGUCACAGUGUGAGAACAUGACUGCUGGGGCUCAUCUGUCACAGUGUGAAAACAUGUCAUGUCAUUAGAAUGAGAGUCAUAUUUUUGUUAUGUUUGUAAAACUGAAUUUAAAACCUUAAAAAUUAUUUUUUUUUUUUUUUUUUUGCAAACUAUUUUAUCCUCACACAAUAAUAAAUUAGCAAUAAUGAAAAAUGUGGGAAACUUUUUUUCACUAAGUCUAAGAUUAAAAAUGAAAAAAAUGUAACAGAAAAAAAUAGUUUUUACACAUGAUAGCAAUAGGCUUUCAAGUCUUUAGUUUGAAUGUUUGUUUUCAAUGUUUGUUUUCAAUGUUUGUUUUCAAUGUUUGUUUAGCAUUUGUAUGUUUGUUUAGAGUUUGUAUGUUUGUUUAGGGUUUGCAUGUUUCAAAUAGCAUAUUUUUAAAAAUGUUCUAUUUGUUUCUGUGCAAAAUUAUAUUCAUGAUAAUUAAAUGUGAAAUUCCUUUAUCACAGGCUGCUGUAUUUAGUAGCUGGCAUUAUUUUUUCUGGACAAAUUAAAAAAGUAUUAACAUCAGCAUAUCAAAAGUAACAAGGCACAUUGGUCUAUGUAAAAAUAGAGCUUUGUGUCGACAAUUUUAAACCUGUAACAAGUUUCUUUUGUUUAAUGUUUUUGUCAUUCUGUUACAGCUCAGGAGAUACAAGUCGUCUAACAUUACGAGUUAUCUCAAACAUUGAUGUAUUUACUUCCCAUCAAGAGCUCAGUGCCUUACAAACCUUGUGCUGAAUAAUGUAUUUUUUUAAUUAACUUUUUAACACAUCUGUUGAGUAUUUUUAAAAAUUAUUUUUUUCUUUAGAUUUUUAACCUUCCAAUCAUUUUUAAAUUUUCUUUUUUUUAUCAUUGAAAAAUGAACCAGUUUUUGGCAGGGAGGUGAUGGUGAUUUAGAUUGUGAACCUGAGGUUUAAAGUCUGAGACUGUGAACCUGAGGUUUAAAAUAAAGUCACACUGAUAUGUGUAUUUCCUGAUGUCUUCCACACAGUUCAAGCAAAAUUUAUUUUAACAAAGAAAGAAGAGUUGUACAACAUUAAGCCUAGUGAUAAUGUCACAUGCUCCAUUUAUUCCUUUGUGAAUAAACUUUAGCUGUUGAAACAGAUUCAAAACAAAACAUUUCCUCUCAUGUCUGUUUGGGAGGACUAUCUGAAAAAGACCAGAGCACAGACAUUUGUUUGAAUACCGCUGAUGUUAAUCUUAAACAUUUUUCUUCUUCCCCAAAUCUUCCACCAAUCCUACAUACACUAGACAAUAGAGGUCAGCUCUGGAGUGCCUUGUUAAUAUCAGCUGACAGUGGUUGACAUCUGAUGUGCAUGUGGAAUCAGAAACUUUUCAUUCAGUAGAAAACUUGAAAACAUAAUUUUAUGUAAAUAUCGCAAAUAAAAGAAUUCUUGCCUCAUCAUCUUUAUGUACCUUGACUGACAUUGAAAUGUUAUAACAAUCAAGAAUAUUUGUCAAAUUUAUUUAUUAAUAAAACCAUAUACACUUGUCAUGAUUUAAAUUAUCUUAUUUAUUACAUCAUAUUUGUCAUUUUCUAGAAUGUCACAUUUUGUCAUUCACAAUUUGAAUGUCUCAAAAAGAACAUGCCAGGUGUUGUGAACAAUUUCUUUCCAUUUUUGUACUGAAGACCUGGAGUGCUUUUGAAAAUAAAAGAUUCAAUCGCCAAA